AUGGUUCGUGGAAAACGGAAAAUUAAUAGUGAAAAUUUACCGACAAAAAAGCGAAAAUCUGAAAAUGCAGCGAAAUCGUCGGAAAAUAUCAGUGAAAACAGUUGUGGAAGGAUUAGCGAUUACUUUUCUGAUGAAAAUGAAAUACUCGAAAAUCUGACGAACGUGUUUCGUGUUCACCAUCCUGCGGAAAUUUUAAAAUUUUGGAAGCAUGUUCUAAGCCUAACUGAAAAAGAAUCCGAUCCUUGUGAUGCUUUCAAAGAACUCUCUUGUUUGCGUCUUGUUGGGGUCUUUGAAUAUAUGGCUGGCCAUACCAAGGAAAUUCUGCAUAAAGACUCUUUACUGACUUAUCGAAGAUAUGCUACCGACUUGCCCGAAAUGCAAACUAUAGGUAUAUAUAAUGGUGGACGAGAUUAUCCUGAGCAAACUAUGCCAUUAAUAAUUCAUGUGGCCAAUGAUGAACAUUUCCCCACUGUACAAAUUGUUGGCUGCAUCGAUCCGACGUAUAUGCUGAGUUAUUUAAUUGGUAGCAAGUUAAAUAACAAAACUGAAGCAUUGUUACCAAAAGACUGGAGAGGUAAUUAUAAGAGAUAUACCAAUGAAGUAAAAAAGAUAGCAUCGAAACGCCGAAAACAAUGUCUGGGAAAGCCGUUUCAUGGUAUUGGAAUAAUAGUUGAUGUGAAAAAUAACAUCGGUUAUCGUCCUCUUAUAGAUCAGCCUGGAAAAUUAAAAAAAUUGCUUAUUGAAACAGCGCAGACCACCAAUUCAUCUGAUAGGGCAAUGAAAAUGGAAGAGAUUCAGAAUCUUAUGGCUUAUUUUGCGAAUGACGAAAUGGAUUAUGGUAUGGGUUUGGAAUUUGGUCAUGACCUCUUCUUUUCCAAUUAUGAAAUUUACGAUGUUUUGGCUUCUCAUACCUUAACAACGGCUUACAAACUCCUGAAACGUUCUGCAUUCGCUGAUAUUCUGGAAGCACAUAUUAAGGAACGAAGGAAUAAUGUUGGACAUUAA